AUGUUGGGCGAGCGCGUACAUAUGGCAGAGUUUCUCGCCUCACCAUCGUCAACAUAUGUGCUUAGUGACGACAAGAUCGGCUGGCUCAGCGACCAUGGCACUCAAGAUCUCGCAUUGACACCGAACAAGCACCAUGGGUACAAGUCCUGGGAUGACUUCUUCACGCGCCACUUCCACGCCGACAAGCGGCCCGUCGCCAGUCCCGACGACGAUAGCGUCAUCGCUAACGCCCGUGAACCGAAGCCUUAUAAGGUGGGCCGCAAGAUUUCCAAGCGCGACUGCUUUUGGAUGAAGGGCCAACCUCAUUCUCUCAUGAACAUGCUCGCGAUGGACCCGUUGCACGAACAAUUCAUCGGUGGCACUAUCUAUCAAGCCUUCCUUUCUGCGCUGAGCUACCAUCGCUGGCACGCGCCUGUCAGUGGUAAGGUUGUGGAGUCUUAUCUUGUUGAAGGUACCUACUUCUCCGAGCCAGUCUUCGAAAGCCUUGGUGACCCUUCAGCUGGGGGUGAUAUCGACGAAAGCGGCGAGAAGACAGGUCAAGGUUAUCUUACUGUAACGGCUACACGUGCCAUCAUCAUCUUUGAAGCUGAUAACAAGGACCUCGGCUUGGUGUGCUUCAUGGGCAUCGGAAUGACUGAGGGUCUCGACGUGUGA